GGGAGAGAGGAAAGCGAUUUAAAAGCUCGCAUUUUAUAUCGUCUCUGCUGGAGAAGGCGAGCCUUAAAGUUCCUUCAGAAUGGGCAGUCUUCCCUCAGAAGCAUCUGGACAACAACAGUAUCGGGUCAUAGAGUCGUGUCCUUAACUUUACCAACCCAUGUACACGGGAGUAUCACCUGUAGUGUCGGCGGAGAACACUUGCGUAUCCGCUUUUUGCCGGCGGGAUAGCGGUCCUUAUUCAAGCGCACCGACCCAGACCAUUAACUCCACCAGAACCCGCAGGGGGCCGUGAGAGCGCCGCGCCAGCGUGUGCUUCGUACUCACUGCAGAGAAGAUGAAUAUCCAGGUUAUGCCAGAGCACAAGCUCUCAUCGGUUGCCCCAAUGAAACAGUGCAAUGUGGAGAAAAAAGAGGUAGAACUGAUUCUAGUGAAGGAUCAGAACGGCGUCCAGUACACAAAUUCCUCGAUCAUUCCCACCAAUGGAAGUCGCGUAGGUCCACCCGGAUCCUCCUCCGAGGACAACCGAGAAACUUGGGGCAAGAAAAUAGACUUUCUCCUGUCGGUUAUUGGCUUCGCGGUGGACCUGGCUAAUGUCUGGAGAUUUCCUUACUUGUGCUACAAAAAUGGAGGGGGUGCCUUUUUGAUUCCCUAUAUUCUUUUCCUGUUCAUUGCCGGGAUGCCAUUGUUCUACAUGGAGCUUGCCUUAGGCCAAUAUAACAGAGAAGGAGCAGCUACGGUUUGGAAAAUAUGCCCCGUCUUUAAAGGUGUGGGCUACACUGUGAUUCUCAUAGCCCUGUAUGUUGGCUUCUACUACAAUGUCAUCAUUGCUUGGUCACUCCACUACCUGUUCUCCUCCAUGACUACUGAGCUGCCGUGGCUCAGAUGUGGGAACAGCUGGAAUAGUGUGAACUGCACUGAAUUCAAUGGAUCUCUUCCUGAAAAUGGCACAUCAUACGCCAAGUACAAGCAUACACCAGCAGCAGAAUACUAUGAACGGGGUGUGUUGAAUCUUCAUGAAAGUAGUGGUAUCGAGGACCUGGGCUGGCCUCGCUGGCAGUUGGUUUUGUGCCUGGUUGUGGUAGUCUUCAUCCUGUACUUCAGCCUGUGGAAAGGUGUCAAGUCUUCCGGCAAGGUGGUGUACAUUACAGCUACAAUGCCCUAUGUGGUCCUUUUUGUGCUGCUGAUCCGAGGCAUAACUUUAGAUGGGUCUAUGAAGGGCAUCAAACAAUACCUCUCCAUUGACUUCAAUCGACUCAGCGACCCAGAGGUGUGGAUUGAUGCUGCAACACAGAUAUUCUACUCGCUGGGUGCAGGAUUUGGUGUGCUCAUUGCAUUUGCUAGUUACAACAAAUUUGACAACAACUGUUACAGGGAUGCUCUCUUGACCAGCACUGUGAACUGCGUUACCAGUUUCUUCUCGGGGUUUGCCAUCUUCUCUGUGCUCGGAUAUAUGGCUAAAAAACAUGGGGUGGAGGUAAAAGAUGUGGCAACAGAGGGUCCAGGUCUGGUGUUUGUAAUCUACCCUGAAGCAAUCUCAACACUUCUAGGCUCAACAUUUUGGGCGAUUGUGUUCUUCAUCAUGUUGCUGACUUUAGGCAUUGACAGCGCAAUGGGUGGCAUGGAGGCAGUUCUCACAGGCCUGUCAGACGACUUUAAGAUUCUCAAAAGAAACCGAAAGCUUUUCACCUUCGCUACAGCUUUUGGAACCUUCCUGGUUGCUCUGCUCUGCAUUACCAACGGUGGAAUCUAUGUCGUGACUUUGUUAGAUGAGUAUGCAGCAGGGACUUCAAUACUCUUUGGUGUGUUGAUCGAGGCCAUUGGAGUGUCGUGGUUUUAUGGUGUGGAUCGCUUCAGUGAAGAUAUUGAGCGAAUGAUGGGCUUCAAGCCAGGACUCUACUGGAGGCUGUGCUGGAAAUAUGUCAGCCCUGCUUUUCUGUUGUUUGUGGUAAUAGCCAGUGCUGUGAAACGACCACCCCUGAGGUAUGACAACUACGUCUUCCCUGAAUGGGCCAACCAAAUCGGCUGGGGUGUGGCCAUGUCCUCCAUGCUGAUGGUUCCUUUUUACGCCAUCUAUAAGUUCUUCAGUCUACCAGGAACAUUCCGAGAGAGAAUAGCUUACUGCAUCACUCCAGAACAUGAACAUCACAUGGUUGCUGAAGGAAAAGUACGGCAGUUCAGACUCAGGCACUGGUUGGCCAUCUGAUCACAAAUACAGUACCCAGAAUACUAUCAUCCAUCCUCACAUCUGGUGUCUGAAGUUCCUGUGUGCCACCUGUGGUCAGACAGACAAGAAGAACAGUAGGCUCCAACCUCUCUCAGCAGCCUGCCUCUUCUCUCUGCAUUUACCACCCAAGGCCUUUUGUUGUCAACAGUGGCUUCAAGCAUUUUGAUUCAAGAGUAUGCCUGCUAACAUUUGGAAAUCAUUCUACAGCUUCCACUACCAAGGGAGGAUCACACUGUGGGAAAAAUUUACAGUGAUUUGCUCAUGAUUUUUAUACACCAUUUUAAUUAAUUAAUUAUAACCUUAGUUUUCAUUUUGUACACUUUGCGUUAUCUCUUGGAAGGUAUAAAAACUAAAACAGAAGCAAUCCCAUUUCCCUGUAUACUACUAAACAGGGGACUAAAAAUGUUAUAACUUUUAAACUUGUUUUAAAGAUUCUUUAUUAUUGCGUUGUUAUUGGAAGAAAGUCUCUAUUCUUACCAUUCUGUGUGCACAGUGACUUAUCUAUGUCAGUGCCUUAUCAAGCAAGACACUCUAUGUUUCUUACAGUUCACAGACAAAGAAAUAAAAUACACUGUGUCGACUCAGGAACCCACUAAACUCCAACCGCUUUGUGGAUGGCAAUCUCCUAGUCCUAAAUUUCAAAGAGCUGGGAGUCAACAGUGCAUCAAGGUCAAGCUCCUUAUCAAAUGAAAAACCAAGAAGAAACAAUCCUUUUGUGUCACACUGUGUUAUAGUAAAGGGAAUAAUGCAUGUAUUACUCCAAAGCUUCAAAGAACAGUGGCAGGCUUCGUUCAGCUCUUACGCUUUGAGAAGCAUAAGAAAAACUUAUAAUUAAAUCUUAGCCUCAAAGAAUGACUAAUUUAUAACCUGGUUAGUCUCUGGCUGCUCACUUAAGGUGCAGGGGAAAAAAUUCACCAAAACAAAUGGCGUAACUGUUACAAACAGCUUUGUAUUUGUGUUGUGUGACUUUUAUCUUCCAUUUUUUGUCUGUUUAGUGCUUCUAAAGAAUCUCUGUGGCUUUUCCUUCAAGGAGACAAUGAGAGAAAGGACAGUGAGAGCAUGUGUGUGUGUGUGUGUGUGUGUGAGGGUGUGUGUGUGAGUUGUGUAUUGGGAUUAUGUUGCAAACCAUGCCAUAUGCUGUUAGCGCACAUUACACAGAAUACAACUAUCAAAUGCCUCGCUUUCUUGUGCUGUAUAUUAAUGAUUAUGUUACUUGACUAUAACACUUAUAUUUUCAUUUGAAACACGACUUGUAGCGUUCCUGUUUUUCAUCAUCAUAGAAGUGCCAACAAUUUAUAUUAGUGAUAUGGUUUAUCUUCUCCUGUUUUUUGUUUUGUUUUGUUUUUUUUAUUGGAAUGAAGUUGAAGGAGUCUAACCUUGAAUCAUAACAGAAAAACCUUUAUUAAGGAAUAAAGCCACAAAGAAAAAAACAAAUAUAUGUGGAAUAUAUAAGAAGAUAUAGAAAUAUAUGAAUAUAUUCUUUUGUUAUAUCUAAUAUUGUAUUUAUCAACUUGUUUAUAGCAAACCGUGAAUGUAAAGUAUUUUAAACGUAACUGUCCAUAGUCAUAAUAUAGUGUUUGAUGUAUAGCUAAGAAAAAAAAUUAUAUUCCAUGUAACCUUGGGCUACUUUGUCACAUAUGAAUGUGAAAAAAAAAAAACACCCUGGCUUUACUGGACUACGUUUAGAGUAAUGCUAUGUACAACACCAUUGUCCUAUUGAUCGUGAGUGACAAAUGUCUAUGAAGAAUUCUGAAGUAUCAACACAAUGAUAAUAAAGAAUUUCUUCUAUACAGUUUAA